AGAUUGUCUCUGAUCCACACAGUGGACAGAAAGGUAACUAUACUAGCAGCGUUCAAGAUGAUUUCAGACCAGACGUGUAUCCUCUUCCAUGAAUACACCAAUGAGAUUAACUACAUAAACAUCAUCUCUGGGACAGGCUGUGCGUCGUAUGUAGGUUUUCAGGGCGGGGCCCAGUCUCUGUACUUCGGUAGAGCCUGUAACGUGGGGAACCUGUGCCAUGAGCUGAUGCAUGCCCUGGGCCUGCACCACGAGCACACACGGCCAGACCGUGACCAAUACGUCACCAUACAGUGGGACAACGUGGUCCCAGGAAAACAAGAGAACUUUAAGGUGAAGAAAGGAGACACUCAGGACCUGCCCUAUGACUACGACUCCAUAAUGCACUACGGAACAAACUACUUCUCAUCAAACCGGAACCCCACUAUUGACGCCAAGAAGAGGGGAGUCCAGAUUGGACAAAGAAAUCACCUGAGCCCCCUGGACAUAACACGCCUUAACAAACUCUAUCAAUGUGAAUAACAAUGCACAGUUUAUCACUUACACCAUCGAAGAAGAAAAAGCGCUAAUAGACUCCGCUGCUGUCGACUGAAGAUUCCAACACAAAUGGCACUGACAUUUUAACUUCUCAACAAUGAAUAAGUUGAACAAGUCCCUUAAAGCUUUCUGAUGUAUUGUACGUGUGUUCAGCAGCAGGUAGUUUAAUUUGUCCUGUGUGCUCUUGCUGUCUUGAAUUAGGCCUAUUCCACUGCACUUGUCUUGGAAAUAAAUAAAAUGAUCUAGACUGAAAAUAAUCCAGUCAGUGUGAUGUUUCUUGCAGUGUUCUAUUUCAUUCCUAUAAUGGACCUUCUCAGCUAUGCUCAUCAUGCCUCCCAAGGUGGGAUCAGAGAUGAAGUAGAUCUCACGUAGCAGGAGAGAUGACUUAAAUUAAUGGUGAUUAAGGUAUAAAACUUGGCUGGCUAGCUAGGCAACAAAUUAUUUAAAAAUGAUGAUGCUGUAACAGGACUUAGACAGCAGGGAUCAUAGUCACCAAAAUCAGAAUGUCACCCUCUGGAAUGGUGUACUACGAAACCUGUUUGAGUUGACGAACUUUGGCAAACUCUUGAGCUCAACCAUGUAUGUGGCUCACCAUUUAGCAAGGAAUACUAAACAAAUAGACAUAUGUAUAGACACACUACUGUUCAGAAGUUUUGGGUCACUUGAAAUGUCCUUGUUUUUGAAAGCCUUUUGUCCAUUAAAAUAUCAACUUGA